CUGGCUUCCGGCGGCGGGCGGAAGCGGCGGUGCCAUGGAGGGGUGAGGGAGUGACCGGCCGGACGAGCGACCGCCGCCCGCAGCGCCAUGGAGGCGGUGCAGCUACGGAACCCGCGCCGGCAGCUGAAGAAGUUGGAUGAAGACAGUUUAACCAAACAACCUGAAGAAGUAUUUGAUGUAUUGGAGAAGCUUGGAGAAGGUUCCUAUGGCAGCGUGUUCAAAGCCAUUCAUAAGGAAACGGGUCAAGUUGUUGCAAUUAAGCAAGUUCCUGUGGAAUCUGACCUGCAAGAGAUCAUAAAGGAAAUAUCCAUAAUGCAGCAAUGUGACAGUCCUCAUGUGGUGAAAUAUUACGGCAGCUAUUUUAAGAACACAGACCUGUGGAUAGUCAUGGAAUACUGUGGCGCUGGAUCUGUGUCUGAUAUUAUUCGAUUACGAAAUAAAACCCUCACAGAGGAGGAAAUUGCUACAAUAGUGCAAUCAACACUGAAAGGACUAGAGUACCUACAUUUUAUGAGGAAAAUACACAGGGACAUCAAAGCUGGAAAUAUAUUGCUAAAUACAGAGGGACAUGCUAAACUUGCAGAUUUUGGCGUGGCAGGACAACUUACAGACACCAUGGCAAAGCGGAACACAGUUAUAGGCACCCCAUUUUGGAUGGCUCCAGAAGUGAUUCAAGAAAUAGGGUAUAACUGUGUUGCAGACAUCUGGUCUCUGGGAAUCACUGCAAUAGAAAUGGCUGAAGGCAAGCCACCAUAUGCAGAUAUUCAUCCUAUGAGGGCAAUUUUCAUGAUUCCCACCAAUCCACCUCCAACAUUCCGGAAACCAGAGGUCUGGUCAGACAAUUUUACAGACUUUGUAAAACAGUGUCUUGUCAAGAGCCCGGAGCAGCGUGCCACUGCAACCCAGCUUCUGCAGCAUCCUUUUGUUAAAAGUGCCAAAGGAGUGUCAAUUCUGCGAGACUUGAUAAAUGAAGCAAUGGAUAUCAAGCUGAAACGUCAAGAGGCACAACAGCGUGAACUAGAUCAAGAUGACGAAGAAAAUUCAGAAGAAGAUGAAACUGAUUCAGGUACCAUGGUGAGGGCAAGUGGAGAUGAAACUGGUACCAUAAGAGCUGUCAACACCAUGGCUGAUGGAGCCAACACAAUGAUAGAACAUGAUGGCACCUUGGAAUCCCAGUUGGGCACAAUGGUCAUAAACACUGAAGAGGAAGAAGAGGAGGGCACCAUGAAAAGGAGAGAUGAAACGAUGCAGCCAGCCAAACCAUCAUUCCUUGAAUAUUUUGAGCAGAAGGAGAAGGAGAAUCAAAUCAAUAGCUUUGGGAAGAAUGUGUCUGGCCAGACAAAAAAUUCAUCUGAUUGGAAAGUACCACAGGAUGGAGACUACGAAUUUCUGAAGACUUGGAGUGUUGAUGAACUUCAGAGGAGGCUCUCAGCCCUGGACCCCAUGAUGGAGCAGGAGAUUGAAGAGAUUCGCCAGAAGUACCAGUCGAAGCGGCAGCCGAUCCUUGAUGCCAUUGAAGCCAAGAAGCGGCGGCAGCAGAACUUCUGAGCCACUGGUAGAAUGUUCUUCCACCCUCAAACAAUCAACCUCUUGCUUUUAUGACUACUAAACAGAUUGAUUUCUAUUGAAAUACGCUAGCAAAAUAGAGGGCAAUACUUCUGCUCAUUUAUUUUUCCAUAGCACCUUUUGUGAACUCAGGAAUGCCAUUAAGUGGAAAAUCCUGAUGGUAUGUUUUAAUGUUAAACACAUAUUUAAAACAUUAUUCCGAAGGAGUUUUGUUACUGUUUUUAGGGGGGUUGUUUUUAAAUGGGAGGAACAGAUAGAAAUAGGCUAAUGGAAGUUGGCUCACUCUCUUUUCAACUGAACUUUCAGUAGUCCAUUUUAAGUUAAUAUGGAUUGUGGUAUUUAACAGCUGCAUCUUUUAUGGGGUUUUUGUUUGUUUGUUUUUCUUUGUGAAUGCACAAACUCAAUUAUUUCAAGCUGUUAGCUGUAUCUUUCUACUGUUAAGGUACUGAAAAGUUUUAGGUCACUGAAGAGAGCGGGUGAGAACAUGUACAAACUGUUCCAGCCUUUUGAAAGAAACUGAAAUCUCAUUUUUUUAAAAAGCCUGUAAUAAGCCCCAUGCCUUACACUGUGUGCUUUAAGCAAGUGUGGUUUCUUCAAGACCUCAGUUUUGUCCUCUUUUUGUGUACAUUAUGAAUUGAUACAAGUAGAUAAAGCAUGUUGUGCCUCCAUCAGAAAUUGCAUUCUGCAAUUUAAAAUCCACACCGACUUAAAACCAAAAGCCAGUCGGUGGUCUGAUUCCCCUUCAUCUGUCUGUUUGGAAAUGUCCUUUGGGGAGACCCUGCUGACGGUGGAGUGCUGGGAAAAGGAAACAGUAUUUGAACGGGUGGAAGUUGCGUGAACCUCUCUCAGGAAUUAGGUACUUCUGCUGUGUCUGAGAGGACUUAAAAAUCUCCACAGUUGGUGAAACAUUUUGUAGGCUUCAUUUCAGAUUUACAUCUUUAGGUGCUUGAAUAAAAACUUAAUUUCACAAUCCUUCACAUUUCUGCAAGGUUUAGCACAUCAGAAAAGUUGAACUGAAAGUGAAGACUUCGUUGAAUUAACAAAGAUGUGCAUUUAUGGUAGUGGAACGAAGGCAGAGUUGAUCUGGAUGAGAAGACAAUUACUGAUGUCCCACUGGAAGAGAUUCUGUCUCUUAUCUUCCAGUUCCUCUGGAUGAUCUUGUGUUCUUUCUUUAAAUUUCCCUGAUGUUCCUUCCUGGUAUAGCUCAAUCAAUGAACAUGCCCCAGCAUGUACAAUCGCUGUGAGGGUGGUGCAAUUAACUCACACCAGAAAAGCGGAGAGUAAAAUGGAAGAAGCAAAGAGCCUCGUUGCAGGGCAAAGACCAAGUGGUGCCUCUGCCCCAUGGGCCGUAACAGCAGAGGUGCACAGGUUUAGCUGUAUUUAGCGUAUGAUGAAAUAUUUGGACAGAGCAAGUAUUUCUACUGAUUUAUUUUUAUUUUCACUCUGAUAGAGGGAACAGUUUCCAUGUCACUCUUUUGCAAUAGGCCUUGGUACAUUACCUAGAUAAUUAAACUAAAUAGCAGUAUCUCCUGAAUCAAAUGCUGCUGGAGAGGUGAAGCGUUCAUUUCAUGCCUCCGUAGGCUCUUUGUGCCCCUUGGAGCAGACUCUUGGCUACCGUAACAGGUAUUCUCCAUUGCUGUGAAAGGAACCAAGCCAUUUUUACCCCCUCUGCAGAUCUGGUUGCAUCCAUUUGUCUCAGUUGAUCUGCAGUGCGAACAGAGCUGUUCUGGAGAUCAGCAAACCAGCUGUCCCUAAGGGCAAAGGGAGGCAGUAAGCAGUGUAUCUAGGGUGCUGAAGUAAGAAUUCAUCCUGGGAUAGCCAGUGAGCUGAUAGCCUCAAGUGUUGGGCAAGUUUUGAAUUGGCAAAGCCAGGUAAUUAAAACUUCAUUGUUGUUAACAGACUAAAAUCCCUUAGUCUGGACUCUCCAGUGAGGUCUGGUGAAGUGGUGUGUGAACAUCAGGGCUCACACAGUGCUCGUCUGGAACCUGUGCAGUAUGUUUUGCCCUGGACAUGUGUUCAUUAGGAGUGUCCUUUGCAUCAAAGAAACUCCCCCGUCUGAGGAGGGAGUUCCCUGACCAAGCGUUGGAUCUUGCAUUAGUCACUUGGAUGGAUCUGGCCCAACAUCUCUGCUGUGAGAGACAUGUGGAUAUGUGACAUGGUAAAUUGUGCACUGCUUGCAUGUAGCAUGGAUCAAGCAGAUUCUACUGGGAGUAGUUUUACCUCUGCACUGUGUAAGUAACUUUCUAGUGAUCGGAGGGCAUUAGAAAACCCAAGUUUUAGGUGAAACACCACAGGGUGGUGUCUAUUUACAGAAUAUGCAAGCUGAGACUGCUGUAACUGAAUGUAAGCACUCUGGAAAUACUCUGCUUUGCUGAUGUGAUUGUCUUAAAAUACAGCAAAUGAACCAAAAUAAGUAAAACUGGUCCAAUGGCUUAACUGUCUUUGAACCUUUCUUAAAUGCUUGCAGUGGCUGAGACUUGAUUAUGUUUCCUGCGCUUGGAGCUCUAAUGCAGAGGAAUUAUUUUCUCCUUCACUGAUUUUCAAUCUGUUAGAGAAAAUAAUUCCCUUUUUGGUCCCUUUGUAGAGUGGCUGGGAGCAUAAUACCUGCUCACUUGUCAGAGUCCUCCAGGCUAAGAUCAAGGCUCGUUGCACAAGGGAAAGCUGUUCCGACAAAGUUCUUAAGCAAAAAGCCUGCUGAAUUGUGAAGCUGCAUUCGUGUGCUCCUUGGGCUCAUCUGCACUGCUGAAAGUGUUCUGGACAAACCAUUGUCUUUACUUCUAAAACCCAGAGAUACUGAUGAUGUCAGUCAUGUGAGACUUAAAAAUGUGAAGUUUGUAGCUUUAACUUUUUUUGUAACAAAGAAAUUAGCAACACUGGCAUAAAGUGCUGACUUGAAAUGCUAUUUUGUAAGAUCUGGCUGUUUGUAUAUAAUAGUGUUGGGUCAUUAGUUUGUAUAUGUAUGAAACAGUAACUUUUAUUGCAUUCCUCUGAGUUUGAUACAGGAGAUUUUGUUUGAUCUUUCUCAAAUAUCUUGCCUUAUUUGUUCUAAGGUGCAAAUAAACUGUCCUUACCUGAAA